AUGGCUAUAUUAAUUAAGAAUAACGAACCCUCAUUGGUAGAUAUGACCCCCCAAAAUUUUAUUAAAUUAGGGGUUGGUGGUGUUUACGUUACUAUGAAGACAGUAUGCUCUUAUGAAUACAUUUUCAACUUCACUGGAAAUAUGAACAAUUUAUAUAAUUAUGCUAUUAAUCUUUUAAAGAGCCAAGAAAAUCCAAAUCAAUCAAAUACUAUAUCUCAUAUUUUAGAAAAUUUAUCAUUAGAAUACAUACGUAAGUAUUGCAUCCAAAAUAUUAAAAAGGGUUUUGAAUUUCUCAAUUCAUUAGAUGAUGAUAUAAAAAAUAAACAUUUUAGUGAUAACACUGAUUAUAUGGUAAUGGCUGCAAUCAAUUGGAGCAUUGAUAAUAAUAUUGAUACGGCGAAUAAACCCUUUUCAAUUUUAAUAUAUAUAAAGUGUUUGCCAAAACACAAUGAGAAUGUGGAAGUCGAUAUAAUGCAUGGUGAACGUACAACUCCAAAUAUAAAAUAUUCAAAUGUUUUUGAAAUAAGAGAAAAAUUAUUAAAACUAAAAUCAGAGAAUAGUAAUGAAGUGGUUUUAUAUAAUAAAGACAAUGAAAUAACUGAAGGAUUAACUUCCAACUUUUUUUGUUAUUAUAAUGGUGCGUUGCAUACUGCUAAGGAUGAACUAGUUUUAAAGGGAACCAUGAGGAAUCAAAUUAUAAAUAUAUGCGAAAGGGAAAAUAUUAAAAUAAAAAAGACGUCUAUUAAUAUUAAUGAUAUUGACCUUUUUGAAUUUUGCUUUAUUAGUUCUACAAGUAGAAAUAUUUUACCUAUUAAAAAAAUAACACUUUUUCCUGCACCAACGAAAACAUUUGAAAAGGAUGUUAAACAUCCAAUCUUGAUUAAGCUACAAGAAAAAUUGAGGGAAGAUAUUGAAAACCAAAAGGAAAAAUAUGUUGCAUAUGAAUGUUAG